AUGUCACGGACUAGGAUUGAGAGACAUGCAGGUCUUUUAUGGCCGAGCAUUAACUACAGAAGGAAGUUCGCAAUUCCCUCACGUAUAUCUAGACGGGUUCUGCUCACCGAGCUGAGAUUUGCUCGUACCAUGGUCCAAUCCCCAAUCCCACCUUUAGUUCCGCUUUCCAACAAACUACCGUCAAGAAACACUCAACACCUUCACCGCAGCACAACAGGACGAAUGCAUCAAGUGAACCCCGCAACUCUCAUCAAAAAGACCGAUCUUCAUGUCCGAAUAGGAUACACCAUAUCCGUUUGGCACGAUGGUGAGGGCUUAUUGGAAUCGAGAUUCCAACUCCUACAUGCUAGAAUACUAUGCGGAGGUGUCCAGAUAACGAUACGAUCCGAUCGGAAUGAUCUUAAAAAAAGGGCAAGUGAUCUGCGUGGACGAGAACGAGGGGGUUUCAAGGCUCGCAUAGAUGAACCAGUCAGCCUUGAAACUAUGAGAUGCAUAGAAACGUGUAUUUUGGAACACAGCGGACACAGAGGGCACAGCGUUGAGGGAAAUACAAAAGGUGGCGCUGAACUUGGUCAUAGUGAACUAUCACUAUCGAGUCAGAGUCAAAGUGACAUUGCGGAGGAGAUCCGAAAGGGCGGAGAAAGAUCUACUACUAAUAUUUCUACGAGACAUCAAAGUCGAUCUACGGACAUGUUUAGCUUUUGCUACGGAUCGGUCGAUGGCGAUAAUGUUUCUAGGAAGUUUGGCUCGGAAGUGCUGAUUUCCAGUCUUACACGUACAAAGGCUUUAGAUCUGGUGGAAUAUAUUAGCGGAGAUCUGGAGGUCAUUGGGAGUACGAGAUUAGGAUUAUAUGAAUGUGUUAAUAUUCAUAUAAUUGACAGUAAUACCGAUUAUCGACGUGUGAAAUAUCGACAACUCCACAGCUUUGAGUCAUUACACAUUAAAUCGUUUUUUCAGCAGCAAAUGUAA